AUGAGCGUUUGGUACAAAGAUGCUGCCUUGCUGGAGGAGAAAGUGAUAGGGGACAAUAAGAGAAUUAAGUUCAAAAGUGUGGAUGAAUGGAAGGGUUUGGUGGAGGAAAAGAAGAAUGUGGGCGAGCGUUUGAUGGCCCAGUAUGUCCGAGAGUACGAGACAUCACGAGGCCAAAGCGGGGAUAUUAAGAUGCUCAUUGCCACACAGAGGGCAGGGACUGCUGCGGAUAAAGUGGCGGCCUUCACUGUCUUGGUCGGGGAUAACCCUGUUGCUAACUUGAGAUCGAUUGACAUGCUUCUGGCAAAUACUACUUCAAUGAAUACUGGUAUAUAUCAAUUUGUUGCUUAUACAUGA